UACUUCCGUUUCCGGCGGGGCGGUUGCCUUGGUAGCGGUGGCAGGGGGACGCGCUGGGCCUGGUAGCCGGGGGCAUGGCCGAGGCAGCUCCGAUCCCGGACGGGGAAUUCACGGGGGCCAUUUACGGGCUGAUCCGGGCCGGGCGGUUCGCGGAGGCGGUGGGGAUCUUGGGCAGCGAGCUGCAGAAUAGCUGCCGCUCCCGGGCCGGCCUCUCGCUGCUCGGCUACUGCUACUACCAGCUGCAAGACUUCGCGGCGGCGGCCGAGUGCUACGAGCAGCUGGGGACGCUGCACCCGGAGCUGGACGAGUACCGGCUCUACCAGGCCCAGGCCCUCUACAAGGCCGGGCUCUACCCCGAGGCCCUGCGGGUCGCCAGCCCGCUGCUCGAUGUGCCUGCUUACCAGGGACGCGCCCUUCGCCUGCAGGCUGCUGCCCACUACGCGCAGGGUGACCUCUCCGCAGCCAAGAGCUUGGUGGAGCAGGUGCUGGCCUCUGCUGCGGAGAGCAACCCUGGAGCCGCUGAAGACCCCUCAGAGCUGCCAGAUGCCGAGGUCAACCUAGGCUGCUUGUUGUACCGGGAAGGGCGGCACGAGGAGGCCUGUGGCAAAUUUGCGGGUGCCAUGCAGGUGCUGGGCUACUGCCCUGAGCUGUCAUACAACAUGGCGCUAUGCUGCUACGCAGCCAAGCAAUAUGCACCUGCCCUCAAACACAUCUCUGAUAUCAUUGAGCGCGGCAUCCACCAGCACCCCGAGCUCAGUGUGGGCAUGACCACCGAGGGCAUCGACGUCCGCAGCGUGGGCAACACACUGCUCCUGCACCGCACUGCCCUGGUGGAGGCCUUCAAUCUCAAAGCUGCCAUCGAGUACCAGCUACGCAACUUGGAAGCAGCCCAGGAGGCACUUACAGACAUGCCACCAAGGGCCGAGGAAGAGCUGGACCCUGUCACCCUGCACAAUCAAGCAUUGAUGAACAUGGACAGCCGUCCCACUGAAGGGUUUGAGAAACUGCAGUUCCUUCUGCAACAGAACCCCUGCCCACCAGAGACCUUUGGGAACUUGCUGCUGCUGUACUGUAAACAUCAAUACUAUGACCUGGCUGCCGAUGUGUUGGCAGAGAAUGCCCAUCUGACCUACAAGCUGCUCUCACCUUAUCUUUACAACUUCCUGGAUGCCAUGAUUACAUGUCAAACUGCUCCUGAGGAGGCCUUCCACAAGCUAGAUGAUCUGGCAGGGACAAUGACUGAGCAGCUGAGAAAGCUCACAAAACAGGUGCAGGAAGCUAGGCAAAACCGGGAUGAUGAGGCUGUCAAGAAGGCAGUUAAUGAAUAUGAUGAGACUCUGGAGAAAUAUGUGCCCAUCUUGAUGGCCCAGGCCAAGAUAUAUUGGGACAUGGAGAAUUACACUAUGGUGGAGAAGAUCUUUCGCAAGUCAGUGGAGUUCUGCAAUGAACACGAAGUGUGGAAGCUGAAUGUGGCUCAUGUGCUCUUCAUGCAGGAGAACAAGUACAAAGAGGCCAUCGGCUUCUAUGAGCCCAUUGUCAAGAAGCACUAUGAUAACAUCCUGCAAGUCAGUGCCAUUGUGCUGGCCAACCUUUGUGUCUCCUACAUCAUGACCAGUCAGAAUGAAGAGGCAGAGGAGCUGAUGAGGAAGAUUGAGAAGGAAGAAGAGCAGCUCUCCUAUGACGACCCUGAUAAAAAGAUCUACCACCUCUGCAUCGUUAACCUAGUGAUCGGCACACUCUAUUGUGCCAAAGGAAACUAUGACUUUGGCAUCUCGAGGGUAAUUAAAAGUUUGGAGCCUUAUAACAAAAAGUUAGGCACAGAUACUUGGUAUUAUGCUAAAAGGUGCUUCCUGUCCUUGCUGGAGAACAUGUCCAAGCACAUGAUCAUGCUGCGUGACAGUGUUAUCCAAGAGUGUGUGCAUUUUCUAGAGCAGUGUGAACUAUAUGGCAGGAACAUCCCCGCUGUUAUUGAGCAACCACUUGAAGAAGAGAGGAUGCACAGUGGGAAAAACACAGUUACAUAUGAAGCCAGGCAGUUGAGGGCACUGAUAUAUGAGGUCAUUGGGUGGAAUAUGUGAAUGCUGUGGCAUUCCCAUACAAGAUGGAGAUGGACUAUAAUUCUCUUGUUUUAUUUUCACUUUUGUUGAUGUUGACUCUGGCUAUCCAAAGUAGUGUAUUUUCUCUUUGAUGUAUUAUAUUUAAAUAUAUUUGUUCUACUGUUUUGCUGUAUUUAAUGGAAGAUGGUGUACUAGCACAAAAUUAACAUAUUUAAUGACUAACGAUAUCCUCAUGCAUCAGUGAUAUUUCAUGUUUUGUUUUUUUUAAGAUAUAACUACCACCACAAACCUUAUUACAGAAAUGUUGUGGAGGUUCUUCUGUGUAUAUGGUUUUAUUAAUAUGAAGCUACAUUAACUAGCUUUUAUAAUCUGUAUGUUGACACUUUGAAAGAAUUUCUCUUCCUUCUCCUAUCAAUUUGUGACUAGACUUUAAUGGAAAUCUGGUAUAAACCCAUUUCUUUAAUGUAUGAUCAUUUCCCUCUUUUGGGAAAUGCUUUCUUUGUUUGAUUUUCCUACCGCACUUUUCAUAUAUUUUAUAUUAUAGUGGUUGUAUUUCCUAAUACAAACAUCAUUUUUAUUAUAAAAAUGAGGCAACAAAAAUUA